GAGUAGUGGUGGAGAGACCUCUGUCCGUGUUACACCUUGGUUAAUGUGUUUCCGGGAUUCGUCCGUCCUCAGCGCAUCUCCAGCAAUAAGUCUCGCAUCACCAGCGGCCAACUCACGUGGGCCAUAAUGCUGGUGGUUCUGAUUGUGCUGCUGGUGGCCGUGAAGGCGGGCUGUGCUGCUGACUCUGACCAGCCCCUCUACGCCUGUCCCCACCAGAGCUGGUGCGUUCCCGCGAAGUACUGUCCGGCAGACAAGGUCUCUUUCCACUCAACCACCACCCGAAACUAUUCUGCCGUGCCCAGCGACCACUUCAAGUUCAUGUGCGGCGUGACCGUAGAUACGGACGGUGACCUGUGUUGCCGGGAAUUGGCUGCACUUCCUAAGCCUUUCGUUCCUACCCUAACACGCUGGCACUUCCUAGACAAGAACUCGAGCGUGGAGCGGCUGCCGAUGCAAGUCAUCGCUUGGCCAGGAUACGGUACAGAGCCUGCGAAGCCUGAACUUGGAACAGACCCACACACGGGUGCCCCGCAGGUUCCUUUCCGUGGGCAGCUGCGCACUACAAGCAUCUGUCCCCCCAUGAGCGUGUGUGUGCCUGCGUACGACUGCCCUUCAAAGAGCAUAUAUUACACCGUGGACGUGCCUUCUCCUGCCCGUGGAAAGUUUCUGUGCGGUGUGACACUGGGCUCGGAGGGCUGGCUGUGCUGUUCCCUUCACGUCAUAAAGGACGCUAUGGGGGAGUGGAGGAGACCCGCCAGACAUCCCGUCCCUGACGACCACGAGGUGCUGAUCAGGAUUAGCUUCGAUUCCCAAAAGCUCCAGCAACGUACCGGAGCCGAUGUGGCCCAGUACAGUCGCACACCCCACGCUGCGGCGCCCCCGUCCCCGCCCCUUCCUGCGACUCGCCUUCCUGACUACUAUGAAGAUAAUCAUAUCAAUGACGUGAAUCACGCCUUGCUGCAGGGAAGGAAGCUCCUGGAUGCCCCCAGACGCCGCUAUCGAAGGGACGCUGCCGAAGCUGAAGCCAGCUUGAAAAAUGCAGAGUCCAGUAAUGAGACGUACGUGAUCCAUGGGGCGGCUGACCGCGGGAAUGCGACGCUGUACACGGUCACCCAAGCCACUUUGAUCAGCGACGUUCCUCCUACUGCACGCAGCAGGCUGCCCGUCGAGGAAGAGCGGUGCGGUGAACCACUGGUGCCCCAUGCCCCUCACGGAGCCGCCGGUGUUCCCCUCCACGCGCCCCUCGAGGGCCAGUACCCUUGGCAUGUGGCGGUGCUGACAAGUUCAGGCGAAUACCUGUGCGGAGGAGUCCUCGUCACCGAGCGACACGUCCUGACCGUCGCCCACUGUAUUAGUCCGAGACUCCCAUCUCAAGUAGUCAUCAGAGUGGGGGACUUCAACCUUCUGAGUGACUCGGAGACGCACCCGUCGUACGACGUGCCCGUCUCCAGGAUCACCUGUCACCCAGAAUACAGCCGAACCACAUUGCGAUCGGACGUGUGUGUGGUGCAGCUCCGCGUGGCCGUUCUCUGGUUGCCAAACGUACGUAGGAUAUGCCUGCCGGGUGAAACUUCGCACCCUGACCCUACCGUGGAGUGCUUCGUUCCCAGCUGGGGCUACGUUGCUAAGGGGCAGGACGGUAAGAUCUACGACAGUUUCGCUCCUCAGCUACGGCACCUUCCCUUCUUGGCAAUAGACGGUGCGAGGUGCCAACGUGAACUGAGGAAGGUUAAAAAACUCGGCUCGUUCUUCAAAAUUAAUUCCGGUGUGUUGUGUUCUAAAGGUACGGCCAGCCCGGACACGUGCCAUGGAGAUGGUGGCAGCGGACUGGUGUGCAGGGCUGGCUCGGACAGCCAGCAAGGGCAGUACGUACUGACGGGUUUGGUGUCGUGGGACAUGGGCUGCGAUGACGGUAAGCCCACUGCUUAUGUGGACGUCGCUUACUUCCUGGACUUCAUUUUACGGACCAUCGGGGCCACGCUAGAGGGCGGCCGCCUGCACCUGAGCAAGAUCCAGACCACGGGCACCAGCGAUGCACACAGGAAUGAGCAGGCUUCCUCACAGUACAAUGCUGCAACCAGUGCCGCUCCUCACGCCUCCGAAACUUCGCAAUUCAUUGCUUCCUCCCAGCCAAGCGGUGGUUCGCACUAUGCGUCUCAAUCCGGUGCUUUCUCGCAGGCAAGUGGCGGCUUGCAUCACACGUCUCAGUCCAAUGCUUUCUCGCAGGCAAGUGGCGGCUUGCAUCACACGUCUCAGUCCGGUGCUUCCUCGCAGGCAAGUGGCGGCUUGCAUCACACGUCUCAGUCCGGUGCUUUCUCGCAGGCAAGUGGCGGCUUGCAUCACACGUCUCAGUCCGGUGCUUCCUCGCAGGCAAGUGGCGGCUUGCAUCACACGUCUCAGUCCGGUGCUUCCUCGCAGGCAAGUGGCGGCUUGCAUCACACGUCUCAGUCCGGUGCUUCCUCGCAGGCAAGUGGCGGCUUGCAUCACGCGUCUCAGUCCGGUGCUUCCUCGCAGGCAAGUGGCAGUUCGCACUAUACGUCGUCUCAGUCCAGUGGAGCUUUGUACAGUACUUCGUCUCAGUCUGCCUCUUCGUACGGUCUGUCUUCGGCCUCUGACAAGAGCACUGUAUCUCAGCACGGAUACGGAGCCACACCACAUUCAGACUCGGGGUACGGUGACUCUUCUCAUUCUGGCAGUAGUUCCUACAGUGCCACCUCAAAAUCUGAUUCCUCCUAUAACAGACAGUCUUCAGAAUACACAGCUGAGUUGCCUGCGCGGCGUCCAACUCGCCCGUCGCAUAAGCAGGGUGAGAGCUACGGCCAGAGCCAGCAGAAAAACUUCGGAGUUCACAAGGUCGAUCCUUACCUUACGGGUGUACCAAGUAGACCAAACAGACCUUCGACGGUUGAUGACACUGACAAAAGUCGUGUAACCAAUGAUUAUUAUGAUAAACAAAAAGGAGGCUAUAGUAACGAGUACGAGAGCACUGCCAGCUACGAAAAAAAAGACUACCCGGAUAAGUAUGACCAUAACAGCAAUCUGCAAGACAACUCAAAAUUCAACAACAAACGACCGGAAUAUUACCAGUAUGAUGGCAACCGCAAGUACGAUGGAAAUGAUUACUAUUCCAGUGAAAAGCUCGGAUAUGGUGGUAGUGACAAGUCCCACGAUAAAUACGACGAGAGUCAUAGUAAAUAUUCCAAGUAUGACACCGGCUACGAGGCUGGCAAGAAGUACAGCAGGUAUGAUGUGCAAGGCGGCGCAUAUACCAAGGACAGAUACGUUAAUGGUUACUUGCAUAAAGAUGAUACAUAUGACCGUGACCAUUAUGGUGAAGGCUCUUACGACCAUGAUCACAAGCAAGGCUCUGGUUAUAAGCACGAACUCGGACACAACAAUUACAAUCAAGAAUCUUAUGGAAAAGAAUAUCCGAACCAGGGUAAGCCAUACUAUAAUGAUGGGAAAUAUUACCGCCCUCAUGACGGACAAUAUUAUAAUGAAAAGACCUACGAUGAUUAUGAUUCAAAAUACUACAUGGAUGGGGAAUACUAUGACGCCAACAAACAUAAGUAUUUAAAGGAUGGCAAGUACUACGAUAUUGAUUAUAACGAAGGAAAAUACUACGAAGAUGGCCAGUACUAUGCUUACAAAGAUGGGAAGUACUAUAAGGAUGGAAAAUAUUACGAUGUAGGACAUGGAAAGUAUUACAAAGGCGGAAAACUUUACAAUCUCGAACACGGAAAAUACUACCAAGAUGGGAAGUACUACGAUGUGGACUACAACCAUGGAAAGUACUAUGAAGAUGGAAAGUAUUAUGAUUAUGAGGAUUUCAAACCUUAUAAGAAGUAUGGCGAUGCAGGUUACGGCGAUGCAGGUUACGUCCAUUCAGGUUAUGGCCAAGGACAGUACACGUCUGAAGACCGAUACUAUGGCCACGGUGGAGGCGAACACUACACGGAGCAUGGAUACUACAACGAUCUUAGCGACUAUCACAGGAAAGAUCUUGAUAAACUCGGCCACAGCGACGUAUAUCGUGAAGACCGAGGGCAGCACGAUAAACACUACGGGCAUGAUAUGUAUUAUGAUUAUGAUGCUGAACACUACAAAGACCUGGACUAUAGAGAUGGGAAGUACUAUGUUAAUGAUGGGUACUAUUCCAUUAACAAACGUGGGAAGUACCACAUUAAGGGACAAUACUAUGACAUGGACUACAAGCACGGAAAAUACUACAAAGACGGAAAGUACUACGAUUUUGAUGACCAUGGAAAGUACUACAAGGACGGAAAGCACCACGACAUCGAUUACAGUCACGGCAAGUACUACUACAAUGGAGAUUUUUACGAUUACGUUGACGGUGGGUUCUACAUGGACGGGAAAUACCACGAAAUAAAUUACGAUGAUGGCAAAUACUAUGAAGACGGAAAGUACUAUAGCUUCAACAACCAAGGGCAAUACCUAAAGGACGGGAAGUACUAUGACGUGGAUUAUAAGAAGGGAAAAUACCACAAGGAUGGGAAGUACCAUGAUCUGAACGAACAUGGGAAGUAUUUCCGCAAUGGGAACUGGUACGACAUUGACUACAAUCACGGAAAGUACUACAAAGAUGGCAAGUUUUACGACUUGACUCAUGUCUCGAAUAAGUUCACCGGCCAUAAGGACAAAUAUCACAACCAGUACGAAAAAAACGAUGCUGGAGAUGUCUGGUACUACCACCACGGAAAAUAUUACCCAUACAAAGACGGGAAAUACUAUAAAAAUGGUGAAUACUAUAAUGUAGACCCCAACGAGUGUAAGUACUACGAAAAUGGGAAGUACUACGCCUUGGAUGUAAAUGGAAAAUAUUACAAAGAUGGAAAUUAUUAUAAUGUGGACUACCAACGUGGAAAGUACUAUAAAGAUGGAAAACUCUAUGACCUCAACCAGCAUGACAUGUACUACAAGGAUGGGAAAUAUUAUGAAAUAGAUAAUAAGGAAUGUAAAUUUUUCAGUGAAGGGAUAUACUACAGCUACUAUAAAGACGGUCACUUCUUUGACUACGUUGAAAAUGGAAAAUACGGCGAUUUUCAUCAUGAAUAUUAUGACCGCCCUGGAAAUUAUGACAAAGUGAAUUAUAAAGAUCAUGUUGAUGAUUACUAUGCCCACAACCAACAUGGACAGUACGGGAAGAGGCCUGCGCAUUAUGGCGGCAGCGGCGGUAGUUACGAUGGCUACGGGGACAGCUUCGGCAACAGCUAUGGGCACAGCUACAUUGACUCCUAUGACGGUUAUGGAAAGAAUAAUGCCUAUGGAGAUUAUCACGAUUUGGGUAAUGAAUACUACGGAAGUUAUUCUGGGCCAGAUGAGUACGGUGGAUACUACAACAGUAAAGUCAAAUACUACAAUGAUCAGUCUUAUGGAGAGGAUGAUUACAAACAUGGGAACUAUGACUAUUACAAACAGUCUUAUGGGGAGCAAUCCUACAAAAGCGAAAGUUAUGACUACAGAGAUUCAAAGUACUACAAAGAGAGAGAGCGAUACGGUACGAUCGGUGUGCACCACGAAGACUCCUAUGGCCAAGCCAAUGACCACAGUGCCUCCAAGGAUGACCAUUACAAGACAGGGCACGGUGAGGGCCCUGGCGAGUCUGGUGUGCACUACCACUAUCACUACAACCGUAGGAAGUCUGGUCAAGGAGAGAAGGUCGCCGAAGGUCGAGAAAAACAAGAUUAUGAUCGCCUUGUUUUUGAAGCCUCUAGCGAGGCUACAAAUCCUGCUUCCGUAGCUUCGGACCGGGCAUCGCAGAACGUACCGUCUGAAGCCAACAAAGAUGCAAAGAUGUCCGAUAAUGAGAUCAACAGCGCCAGCCCAGGAAGCAUCGUUGGCUACCUAAAAAAGCUGCAGGUCGCCCCACAAUAGCUGCUGUUGUAUGACUUUAUGGUAGCUGUUAGAAGAAACUUUUUAUUAAACUAUGUAUUCUGUGCAACAAA